AUGGAUGACACAUUUUCAGUACAAACUAUUGGAACCGGGAAGGAAACGAGGACCGAACAUGAAGUAUUCAAGGAAAGCCACUUGAAAGAACUGAGCCCGCGCGCGCGGAGAGCUGGGGGCAGGUCCCGGACCUGCGCGCUCCCGGGGGCGGGGCUGCGGCCAGGGGCGCCCGCUCCUCCCCCUGCAGACCUCGGGGCGGGCGGCGCCGAACCCCCAGUGCUGCACGUGGGGCGCCUGCCCGAGGCGGCGGCAGCGGGCGGCGGCGCUUCUGCGCGUGAGCCGGGCCCCUCCACUCCCCUGCCCCUCUCGGCCACCCUCCCCGGGCGCGCGGCCACCAUGGCGUCCAGCGAGGAGGACGGCAGCAACGGCGGCUCCUCGGAGGCCGGCGAGGAGAGGGAGGCCACCGGCAAGAGGCGGCGCCUGGGCUUGCUGGCCACCGCCUGGCUCACCUUCUACAACAUCGCCAUGACCGCGGGGUGGUUGGUUUUAGCUAUUGCCAUGGUACGCUUUUAUAUGGAAAAAGGAACACACAAAGGUGUAUAUAAACAUAUUCAGAAGACGCUUAAAUUUUUCCAGACAUUUGCCUUGCUUGAGAUAGUCCACUGUUUAAUUGGAAUUGUACCUACGUCUGUGCUUGUGACUGGGGUCCAAGUGAGUUCCAGAAUCUUUAUGGUGUGGCUCAUUACUCACAGUAUAAAACCAAUCCAGAAUGAAGAGAGUGUGGUGCUUUUUCUGGUCGCGUGGACUGUGACAGAGAUCACUCGCUAUUCCUUCUACACAUUCAGUCUUCUCGACCACUUGCCAUACUUCAUUAAAUGGGCCAGAUAUAACUUUUUUAUCAUCUUAUAUCCUGUCGGAGUUGCUGGUGAACUUCUCACAAUAUAUGCUGCCUUACCAUAUGUGAAGAAAACAGGAAUGUUUUCAGUACGACUUCCUAACAAAUACAACGUCUCUUUUGACUACUACUAUUUUCUUCUUCUAACCAUGGCCUCAUAUAUACCAUUGUUUCCACAACUCUAUUUUCACAUGUUACGUCAAAGAAGAAAGGUGCUUCAUGGAGAGGUGAUUGUAGAAAAGGAUGAUUAGAUGAUCUCUACAAACAAGGUGCUUUUUCCAGAAUAACCAGGAUUACUUGAGUCCAAGUUUUAAUAACAAGAAUAAACAACUUUAUGAAAUAU